UUUCGUUCAAGUGCUCACCCCUAUCCUUUCUUACCUCCUCGAUUUUAAUCUCGAGGACAAGGUGAGAGAUGCAUAUCUUCUUUUUAUUUUUUUCCUAAAUUCGUUAGCACCGGAAAGGAAUUCAUGGAAGCGAAGAUCGGAAGGUUCUUUGAGUCCGUAGGCGACUUCUUCUCAGGCAGUGAUCAGAUUCCUUGGUGCGAUUCCGACAUUGUCGUUGGUUGUGAACGUGAGGUUAAUGAAGCUGAAAAAGGUUCUAAAGAUGAACUAAAACAUGAGUGUCACAUGCGUUUAUCAUGGGCUCUUGUUCAUUCAAGGAGACCUGAAGAUGUACAACGUGGGAUAGCAAUGCUUGAAGCUUCAUUGGUGGAUACUAAUAGCCCGUUACAAACAAGAGAAAAGAUGUAUCUACUUGCUGUUGGAUAUUAUAGAAGUGGUGAUUACUCUAAAAGCAGACAACUUGUUGAUCGCUGCUUGGAGAUAGCACCCAACUGGAUGCAGGCAUUGAAUCUGAAAAGAACAAUUGAAGACCAUAUUAAAAAAGAUGGUGUAAUUGGCAUAGGCAUUGCUGCAACCACCAUCGGGGUUGUGUUUGGUGGAAUUGUGGCGGCAAUGGUUCGCAGGUAGCAGUAGCACCACCUCAAAUGUGUUGUUUGAUAUGUGUUUUAAAGAUUUUUUAUUUUUUUUAUUAUUAUUUUAUUUAUUUAUUUUUUUUGUUUGUUUGUUUAGAGGUAGACUGCUGGAAUAUACAUUUAUAGCACUUUCGAAAUCUCAAAAUAGAAUCUUGAAACACUUUGCCUAAUUCAAAACAUAAUUCAAGAAAUUUAAUUUCAAUUUUUGUGAGGGAAA